UUAACAGCCUUGUAAAGAUAUCAUCAGUGGUUUCAUGUGCUUUCUGUCUUCCCCGUGUGUGUUCUGCAGGUGGUUCUGUCACGUAGAUGAUGAUAACUAUGUGAUCCUGCCCAGUUUGCUGGAUCUGCUGUCAUCCUACUCUCACACACAAGAUGUGUAUCUGGGCCGACCCAGUCUGGACCACCCCAUAGAGGCCGCCGAGAGGGUCAAGAGCGACGGAUCGGUGUCCGUGAAGUUCUGGUUUGCCACUGGAGGAGCGGGAUUCUGCAUCAGCCGAGGCUUAGCGCUCAAAAUGAGUCCAUGGGCAAGUCUUGGAAACUUCAUCACAACCGCAGAGAAGAUCCGCCUCCCGGACGACUGUACAGUAGGUUACAUCAUCGAGGCGUUGCUGGAAGUUCCUCUGACACACACAGGCCUGUUCCACUCACACCUGGAGAACCUCCAGAGACUCCCUACAGACAGCAUACUCAAACAGGUGACCCUCAGUUAUGGUGGAUUCGAGAACAGGAGGAAUGUGGUCAGUGUUGGGGGAGUGUUCUCAUUGGCUGAAGACCCUUCACGGUUUAAAAGCGUUCACUGCCUGCUCUACCCAGACACCGAGUGGUGUCCACGCAAGACUCGUCACUGACCGCUGGGAAACAACUCUUCAUGCCAAAAUAGUUCUCCGAAUAACUCAGCUGGUUGGUGAAGCUAGUCAACGUGUUUGUUUGUUUGGUACUUUUGUGUUUUUAUGGAGCAACAGGGUGGCUGUAAUUUAUUGUUGUCCUGAAAUAUAGUGUUUUUGCCAACUGAUUUGCAUAUAAUGAGUCCCUGGAAGAUUGUGCUAUCUGUUAGAUUUACUAGGGGAUUUUGAUCCACACAUUUUUGUGGCUUUUACAUCAUCUUUAUAGAGUUGUCUUUUUCCUAAGGGCCAUAAAUAUGUCCUGCACAAUACUAUAAAUUUGGGUGCAAGAUGAUCUCAUGAACGCCUCCAUGGACGAGAAAAACAGUAUUGAUGCAGUUUAUAGUAUUUUGUUUUCAAGAUUUAUGCAACCAUCAGCUCAUCUAUUGCCAAUGCUCUUCAGCUUUAUGUUCUUCUCUGUUUGUGAUUUGUGGAUGACCGAAGACACUCAGUAUGUCUCUGGACGUGCAGGCAGGAACUCUCGGAUGUAGUCGAGCAAUUAAACUCCACUGAAAAUAUACAGACCAAAAGCAAUUGUUGCAAAAUCUUGUUAAUUUAUCCAUUGCUUGCCAUUCAUAUUUUAAUAGAGUGGUUUAUUUAGUAGAAAACAACUUUUUGAAUUAUUUCCAUUGAAACACUAGUGUGUGAUGAUUCGAAACAUGACUGUUUAAAUGUGUUUUCUGUGCUGUUCGAAUGUUAUUUGCACAAACACGUUCCUCACUGCAGGCCAGUGGUUUGCGUUAACAUGCCAAAACUACACUAUACGCUUUCUGUCUUUCCUUAACGGUGACAAACAUUUUAUAAACAUGCUCAUUGACACUACCAAAUGCUAUUGCAGUUGAAUGUUUUUUUUUUUUUUUUUAAUCUGGUGACUUAAUGUUGUAAAGUGUGAUUUUCAUUUUAAUAAAUUUAUUUAUUAUGCUUGUG